GAGAAAUUCAUAUUUGUUGUGUAAUAUCCAAAUGAAAGUAAAUCUUUUUCCUAGUAAUCAUAUACUUUGAAAAACGUUUCCAACUAUGGAUUCUCUAGUUGGCUACGGAAGCGACGACGAUGGAGAAUCUGGUCGUUACGGAUAUCAUAUAUCGGGUGGCGGAGCCGGCGCCCGCCGCCGGGAGGACGACACCAACUACGACGAUGUCAACAUGGACAUGAGUGAGGAGUCCCAGGGCGCCGAGUCGGAGCCCGAGCUGCCGCCCGCCGCGCCGCCCGCGCCGAGCCAACCCGUCGUCACAGAGAGGCGACAGUCCAAUGACAACCGCGAGCGCGAUCGCUCUCGCUCGGCGGACCGGCGCGGCGACAAACGGCGAGACCGCGAUCGCGACCGCGACCGCGAGCGGCCUAGCGAGCGGUCGCGCGAACGCAACUCUCGCGACCGCAACUCUCGCGAACGCAACUCUCGCGACCGCAACUCUCGCGACCGCAACUCUCGCGACCGCAACUCCCGCGAACGCCGCUCGCCGCGCAGGGACGAGCGCUACCCGCGCGGUCCGCGCCGCGGCCUGCUGGGCGACCACCCCGACGACAACAGAACUGACGCCAGGGGCCCCAUGGCGCCGCAGCCGCAGCCGCUGCUCCGACAACCCGCGCGCGCGCCCGACGCCCGCGACGCCGUCUCGCCCAGAUUCAUCGACCAACGCGAUCGUCGCGACAGAGACAGGGAGCGCGAGCGCGACAGAGACAGGGACAACAGGCCCAACAGACGCUCCGAGGAGAGGCGGUCGGUGGGCAGCGGCACGAGCAGCGGCGGCGGCGCGCCGCGCGACCGGCCGCGCCCCUCCGCCGCCUUCCCGCCGCCGCCGCACCACGCCGGGCCGAGUGACAGAGAGCGGCGCGGCUCGCCGCCGUCGGGCGACUACAGGCCCUCCUCCUACAAGGUCAACAAGAAGCUCGAGGUCAUGGAAAAGAUGGGUCUGCAAAUCAAGACCCCCGACGGCUCGAUGGCGACGGCGCGGCAGCUGCGCGCGGCCGCGCAGCCGGCGGGCGCGCAGUCCGCCUACGCCAUACAGUCGCACCGCGCGCUCGACCAGGUCCAGAAGCGCAAACUGCUGUGGGGCAACAAGGCGGCGGGCGCGGCCGAGGCCGAAGCCGCCAAGUGGACGGGCGCGCGCUUCGCGCAGGACUCGGACGGCAAGCAGGUCUCCAAGUUCAUGCGGCUCAUGGGCAUCAAAGAUCCAGCGGCUGUCAAGGUAGACACGGUGGACGCGACGCAGGACCCCAACAAGAAGCAGGAGGAGCUGUUCCAGGCCAUGCAGGCGCAGUACGAGGUCGCGCGCGCCACCACGCACACCAUGCGAGGCGUCGGCCUGGGCUUCCAGCGGGGGAACUUCUAGACCCACCACGGCGCAGCCCACUCCGCAGCCGGCUGUUCCAUCUGGAACACGUGCCGGUACGAUGCCGCAUACAAGGCGGAUAGAGAGGCAGCUUCCAGGUUACCCCGCUCCCAUCUUAGAGUGUUUGCUUAAAGAAGCCGGUUUCCUUGAUGGAUGAUCUUGUAACAGGUUGAUGGUCUUGUGAGCUCUCACAUAAAGAGACAUAUUAGAUAACACAAUGCUAAUUAACUCGCACCGACCUGUUAGUACUGGAAACCCAGUUUAAACAAGCACCCUCACACUGCUUUCUCAUUUCCCCAAGUGUAUUGCAGUCACAGGUUAACUUGUCACUGAAUGAAAAACUCAGUGCCAGAAGUACAAGUCUAAGCUCCUUGAUUUAUUAUUAUCAGCGUUAUGUACCACGGGCAAUAUGGGCCUCGUAUGACGUCAUAGAGUCACUCGGUGGGCGAUGGAGAGAGGCUAUGCUUGGAGUUUCUCUAUGUUAUCAGAAAUGAGAACCUGAGUAACCAAAAUAGCUUAGUGGGUUGUAAAGCUGAAGUGGUGGGUUGGGGUCCCAAGAUGCUACAAUGGCGACUUGGCGUAGGAAAACGCAGUCAAAACACCCCUCAGUAGGUGCACAGAGGACAUCACACGAGACAGAGCCGCUGGGUGGCGGUGGCGUGUGAAAGGCUUAUGUCCAGUUGUGGACGUCUAUCAGUUAAUGAAUAAUCUGUGGAUUUUAAUUUCGCAAUGUAAUACCUAAGCUAUGGAGAAACUCGACAUAGAUUUCGUUUUCGAAAACUAACACCCGUAUUCACAAACGUUACUAUGAGGUCUCAUUGUGAGCUCGAACGCAUAGGAUCGGUUCCACCAAUCAGAGACUGUAUCACGUCAAUUUACAAUUAUCUGAUUGGUGGAACCUACACUAUGCGUUCGAGCGCGCUGUGAGACCUCAUAGUAAUGAUUGUGAAUACGGCCGUAAAACUCGUACUUGGGGUAUAAAGAGUUAGACUCUGGUAAGUGAAAGAAGAGAUUAGAAAAGCGUGGCAUAUUGAAAAAAUAUCAGUAUGGCAAUCCCAAAUUAGUACAACGAGGUCUCAAUAACCUAAUAUUAUGAUACUUUAGAAUUCCGUUAGUUUAGUUUCUGUCCUAUCGAGGUUUCUCACGCGCCGUUGUAACUAUGGGCCAAGUGUCACGUCACGGUUCACCUUUAAAAUAAGGACAAAAACGUACUUUUGACAUGACAUUUGACAAAAGUUAAAAUGGCGCGUCAGAAGACUUUACGCAUUAUAUACUAAUUUUGAAGCUAUUGUAUUAUUAUACUUAUAUUUCUUUAAUUUGGCGCGCUUUUCCAACCUCUACUUUCAUUGUCUAGAAUAGUUAUUCUUUUAUGUUGUUACGUGGGCUUCCAACAUGGGCGAUUAUUUCAACCUAUUAAAUGAUGCAUCCAUGGGGAUGUUAGGUUGGUGAAGUGUGUGUAUAUAGACUUUGACUUAGCAUAGCGCUUCAGUCAAGUGGUCCGACUAUUUCUUACCUAGUUGUAAUGAUAAGUUUAUUAUAUUAAGGACUAUUUUUUGUAGAUGUCCAUUAAGUGUGUGAUAUAUAGGGAUUCUAAAAUUUUAUAUUUAUUACUGAAUGAAUGUUGAUGAAUGUAAAAUUUGUUUUCAUAUCUGCAUAUUUAAGUCACUUAGUUUGUAAAUACAAUCUCCGUUGUGUCCUAAGGAAGUAUUGUUAUUUUUCUUUUAUAACUUUUUGCUGAAGCUCCCCUAUAAAUCUAAAAACACUGAUUACAUUAAUUUUGACCUAUUAUACUAUAACUGAAAGUGUGUCUGUCCAACCAACUUUAAACCAAUUUAGAUUAAAUUCGGUACAGAAAUAGCUUGCAUCCCAGGGAAGAAUAAAGGCUCUUGUACCCGGUAAUCAAAGUGUUCCCACGGGAGUUUUAGGUAAGAUAUUUAUGCAAGAUAGUUUUUAUUAAAGCAAUCGAAAUCUUAUUUAGUUUUUGAAUACUGUAAAAGUUUGUACUAGGGGAGCAGCAGUUUUGUUAGCAAAAGUACUUUUGGUAACAUAGGUAUUUCUAAAAUAAAAUAUUGUCUAAAGCUUUGUGUGAUAUAGGCGCCCUCAAGAGUUCAUCAUUUUUGUGAAAGUAGUGAAUGUUGCCUUUUAGUCAGUUCUUUAUUUUCCUAUAGUUAGUAAGUUUUCUCGAUAAGUACCACUCAUUUAUUUUAACUAGCAAUGUUCACUAUUUUUGCAUUGUGUAUAAAAAUAAAAUAAAUAUUAUUAAACC